CCUAUUUUACUUUUGAAAUUUCGUCCCGCGACAGCGUUUGUUCAAUUAUUUCGUUUCCUGUUCCAAUGGGAUUUUAGACAACUAAGACACCUGGACUAACAUAUUACUUAAUAGAUCAUUUUGAGCGACAUGCAUUUGGUUCAAGCACCUCCGUCUACACUUUCAACGCCUCGAGAUACGGUCAUCGGCCCUGUUCCCACCAUGGCUCCAACUGCAGAGGGAAAUCUUAAAAUUAUGAACAUUCUGGAGGCAAAUUCUGAGGUGAUGUGCUGUCGAUUCAAUCCCGAAGGCGGUUUACUGGCGGUUGGUUUAGCUAAUGGCGUUACCAAGGUGUAUGCUCCUGAUUCAGGACAUUGUGUCUAUAAUCUCUCGGACCAAGAUACUUUUGAUAAUCAUUUACCAGUGACGUGUCUUCGCUGGAGGCCAACAUUGGAGGGAGAUACUCACAGAAAUCUAUUACUUGCAACUUAUGCUGAUGGUAAAGUCAAAAUAUGGCAUACAUCAACCAGUACCUGUUUGGUAACAUUAACAGAAGUUUCUAGGCAGAUUUUAGCAUGCAGUUAUAGUCCUUCAGGAGGGAGAUUUGUCACUGCAGGAUCAGAUACAAAACUAAAUGUUUAUGAUGAAAGAACAAAACAAAUCAUUUGUACUUUGCAGCCAAGCUCAUCCCACCUAGUGAUGGAUGGGCACAUGAGCCGAGUGUUUAGUGUACAGUUCACACCAGGUCAGGAUCAUGAAUUUCUAUCAGGUGGCUGGGACGAUACAGUUCAGUUUUGGGAUACAAGAGUUGAUGCUAAACAUUCUGUGAGGAAAAUCUUCGGACCUCAUAUUUGUGGUGAUGCACUAGACAUUCAGUCACUUAGCGUGUCAAGUACCAGUCGGCAAAUUCUUACUGGGUCAUGGAGAAAAGACAAAACUCUUCAAAUCUGGGAUCAUGGCUCUGGGAAACUGAUAAAAGAUGUACCAUCUGAUUACAAUGGAAGUAUGCUCUAUUGUGUCCAGUGGCAAGGUCCUGACAGUAUCAUAGCAGGAGGGAGUGACAAUAAUAUGAUGAGAUGUGUGGAUCAGGGAACUUAUCAUACUACUGGGCGGCUUGUAGAUCUUCCACGUUCAGUUUACACUGUGGAUUUUGAGAGACAUUCCCAUCAUCCAAUCAUUGCUGCUGGAACUUCCAACUUUGUUUAUCUUGCUAAGAGGACAUAAGUUGGUUCAUCAUUUCUAGUUAAUUCUAAAAGCUCUCUGAGAUAUACAGGGAAAUUUGUCCCAUACGAUCAGAUAUGAAUGUGCUUGCAUUCCCUCUAGUGUAUUACUCCCUUACAUAGGCGACAGGGGUACCGUCAUAAUUGUUACCCAACCCUGUCUUCCCAGUUUCUAAGAAACUUGCAAUAGAUUUUAGCUAUUGAUUUUUGGUCUGAAAUAUGGAAAGGGUUUGAUACAUUCUUUUUGUAGCACGAGUUUACAAUAAGAAAUGUUGUUUUCUUAUAAUUAUAUUAGUACAAAUCUGAAUUGGUCCUUACAGACAAUCUCCAUUAGCAGAGAGUCUAAAUGGGGAGAUGACUUUAGCAGCUAACAGUUAAAAAUUUUGGCUAGUUUAUAGCUAACGGUUAAUAUCCUUCCAUUGUUGUCACCAGAAUUGUUUUUACGGUUGACUUUUUUUUUUUACCACUAAUGGUUAAAAUAUGUCACUUCUUAAGCCUAACAGCUAAAUAUUUCUUCAUUUUUAUGGCUAAUGUUUAACCCCAUUGAGAUCCUCCUGCACUUUUGUGAAAAGGCAAGUUGUGAACUUCUACCGUGAAGUUGUUGAAUGUAAAUAGUGCAGACUUUUUGUUUAAUCAUAAAUAUUAGCAUUAUUUAUAGCAGAUUAUAUAUUUUUGAUUGACCUUACAUAUUAGCCAGUUAUCAAUAAUUCCACCCAAUUUGAUUGAAAAAAAAAAACAUUGUACAUGAAAAUAAAUGCUUGAAUUAGUAAAGGAAGUAUUUUUCUUUCCAUGGAAGGAGAUUAUUCAGAAGAACUAAUUUUAACAUUGGUUGACAUGUACUUUUUGUAAUACUUGUUCAAUAACAAAGAUUUUAUCACAGAAUGUGAGUUUUGUGAAACUAAAGCCUCCCAUUCAAACAGCUUACAGCUGAACUGGGCCAGGUGAGUUAAAUACUUUCCAGAAUACAUUAAUAAAUACAUGUACCGUACAUGCAUA